CGAAUACAUUAUUAUGGCACGAAUUUUCGUCUGAGCAUCGCCGUUCCCCCCGAUCCCUUGAUCACUAUAUCACUAUUGUAUCAGCGUCGGACUCUCAUAUCAUAUCGUCGAAACCUCGCAUCCCUCUCGUCAGACCCUUCUCAAUCUCUCUAAGACCUACCGUGCAGUGCUAUACUCUGCCUCGCCUCGCCUCGCCUUGACCGAAAUCAUUGGCUCCACCCAACCCAACCUCUCGACCAUGACCCGCCAGCGCAACUUUGCCCUUAUAAGGAUCGCCGUCGUCCUCCUCAUAUUCGUCUUUACGUCCGUCCUCCUAGGUGGCAUCCUCUCCCAAAACCUCGACCUUGACCUCCCGCUCCGAUGGACCCCGAACGGAUUCACCGUCAUGUUCGGAUCAGAUUAUUACUCCAACACCAUCUCCUGGAGAUACAAUAACAACAACAAUAACAACAAUAAUUACAACAACGACGACAACGACAACGACAAUAACAUCUGCUCGGUGGAGGAUAUCGUCUACGGAGAAUGGUUGGAUGACAAGCCGCUCCGGUCUCUCGAGGAGGUUACUGAGAGGUAUCAAUUGGCUCCCGAAUGGAACAACGCCUGUAGUCCGAUAUCAUCGACCAACGGGACCUCUCACGAUCUCUCCGAUACCACCGUCCGGACGAUCAAGGUGGCCAGUCCGUACUUGGUCCCUCGCCGGAAGGAGAAGGGAAGAAGCUACAACGGCGCACGCAGGAGUAGUAGUAGUAGAGAACCGCUAAGACAAGACGAACUCGGGACGCAAGAGGACGAAGACGAGGAGGAAGGGUUUCGGAGGUGUACGAUGUUGAAGCCUGAUAGAAGGGGGUUGAUCAAACGGUUGUUGAGGAGUAGGAAUGGGCUCGUGCUGAUCGGGGACUCGAUCACCGAACAUCAAGGUCAGGUCCUCAUCACCAUGUUCGGCCGAGACAUCACCGACGGUCUGCUCGAAGCGACCUCUAGCGGGAUGUGGGAGAACGGUCUCCACCUCGUCCCUUCCCACCCCGAGAUCCCCUCCCUACUCGCCGAAGCCGGGGUGACCGAGGACAGGCUCCGUACCCCCUUGAUCAAGUUCUGGCGACAUCACCACCUCGCCACCGACCUGGAAAAAGUCUCCGCGUUCGCCUUUGCCGGGGACCGGUACAGCCUGAACCCGGAGAGGGAGACCGGCAAGGACUGGUACGAACCGAUGAUCGAGCAAGCGACUAGGACAGAGGUGUUCAUCAGGCCGGAUAGCGAGGCGUUGGAGGAACCCACGAUGAUCGUAUUGAACCUCGGGGCGCAUCUGGUUUGGUACGAACUGGGUAAAGACUUGACCCCUCUCGAUUACCUAGAAGGGAUGGAGAAUAUCGUCAACAUGAUGGAGGAGAAAUUGAGGAACGCUCCGAUCCCCCUCUCCCCCGUGAUCAGGACGAUGGCGCCGGGUCAUGUAGGCUGUGCGACAGCUUGGCAACCGGACAACUACCAGACGGGGUUCAGGUCCGAGGCUGAUAUUCGAGCCAACGCACACAACUACAACACGUUCUCCUCCUUCAACGGGAUCAUGUGGAAGGCCCGAUCAUCGAGCAGAGCGCCUGGGGCCUUUGAUUUCAUGGCGGAUCCCGAGCUCGAUUCCGCUGGACGUAAUCCCGGUUUCCGGGUGAUGGACGUCUGGCCGAUGUCUGCCAAGCGGGCCGAUGCGCAUUUGGCCCCUGGCAACGACUGCUUGCACUGGUGCCGCGUGGGAGUCCAGAACUAUUGGGCCGAUCUAAUGUUCCACAUGAUGCUGGACGAAUCACGGAAUCACGACUACAUGUAACGCCCCCUCGACAAUCGAUGUGUAGAAUGGGACAUUUCCUUCGGCUUUGUAUCAUGGAGGGUUACGGUAUAGAAGUAUGACAGAGAGAGGAACGACUCGCGUGACUAUGGGUGGGGAAUCUCUAGAUGCAUAUCGCAAUACUUACAAGCUCGUUGCGUUCCUCGUCUGCGCCGAAGCUCCACCUCACGAGACGUGUGAGCGGUACCAUCGGAAAUUGGAGGAUUGGAUUUAGCCGACGGGUACGAUAGGAUAGCAUCACGCAAGCAGGGCAUCUAGUCGUUAAAUUUGGAAUGCGAUCCGAAUGUUGUAUCCUAUAGAUGUAAUCUUCAGUCAGGUGUAACAUUAAUCAUCUUCCCGCUA